AUGAAUGUCUCGUUUUACAGCUCACUGACCAAUGCUUUAUCGUUUGGGAUCGGUGUUCUUUCGUCGACGCCAGCUGUACGCACAUUUUCCAUCUAUUCAUGUUUCGCCAUCAUUGUCUGUUAUUUAUUCCAGUUGAUUUUAUUCACUGCUGUUUUGGCCUUGAGCGGUCGUCGAGAGCAAGCCAACUACCAGUCGCUGUUGUGCUGCUGGAAAGCCAAUCCAGACGUAUGCCCUUCUUCAUUUCAUUUUUCGUUUCUUCGUUUCAAUUAUCUCACAUGGAUAUUUCUUAUAACAGUUAUGGCAGCCUACUACUACGUUUCAUGGUUGGGUAUCCAGAAACUGGAGGCUAAAAUUUCCAUCGACAAGAUGGCACUUCCGGACUCAUACCUUCACGACUUUCAGCAUAUUUUUGAGGAUGCACUGCGCAACAUGCAACCGAUCACGGUUUUCGUCCUGAAACCUGGUGAUCUCAGGGACAGCGAACGGCUAAACGGUAAUUUGCUAGAAUUGUUUUUAGUUUCGUUUGAUAAAACCAUUGUUAAGACCAACCGGCUAUCAUUGCGAAACUUGUAA